AUGUUUGCAAAAUUAAAUACGGAACAAUUGGCUAUCUAUACUCAAAUACAAGAAGCUGUGAACAACAAUGGAGGAAUGUUUUUUGUAUAUGGCCAUGGUGGGACUGGUAAAACUUUUUUAUGGAACACCAUCAUUAAUGGUAUUCGUACUGAAGGAAAAAUUGUACUAGCUGUUGCUUCAUCAGGAAUUGCAUCACUUUUAUUACCUGGAGGUAAUCCAAUACAAUCGAUCAUUGAAGCUAUCUAUCCACAAUUUCAGUUAAACUAUGUAAAGGCAGAAUACUUGAGGCAAAGAGCUAUAGUCACACCAUACAAUGAAACUGUUGAUAUAUUAAAUGAAACAAUCAGCAGCGCAAUUGAAGCUAAUGAGCAAAAGUAUUUAAGCUCAGACUACAUCUCUAAAUCUUCAACAUCUGCAGAAGCAAAUGGACCAUUAUAUACAACUGAGUUCUUAAAUACAUUAAAAUUCACAGGCAUACCCAAUCAUGAACUUACUUUAAAAUUGGGUUGUGUGAUCAUGCUGAUAAGAAACAUUAGCCAAGCGAAUGGACUCUGCAAUGGAACAAGAUUGAUAAUUACACAGAUGCAUCAUAACAUUUUGGAAGCAGUAGUUAUUUCUGGAUCCAACAUAGGUGACAAAGUGUACAUUCCUAGAAUUAUUAUGCCAGUGCAAGAAGGCAAAUGGCCAUUCAUCAUGUGUCGAAAGCAAUUCCCGAUUAAGCUUUCAUAUGCAAUGACUAUAAACAAAAGUCAAGGGCAAACACUUGAUUUAGUAGGGUUGUUCUUACCCAAACCUGUAUUUUCACAUGGCCAACUCUAUGUUGCAUUGUCCAGAGUAUCUUCUGUUGAAGGAUUAAAGAUUUUGAUUCUUGAUGAUACUGGAAAGAAUACAAACAAAACAAAGAAUGUUGUCUACAAGGAAAUCUUUGAUAGCAUAGAAAUUAAUUCAAAUCCUGAACGUUGA